CUUCGAUUUGAGGCAGUUCCCCAUUUUCUUACGAAUUAUAUUUGACCCAUCGUAUGUUAAGCUUGAUAGGCCUUGGCCUAGAUGAUCAGAACGAUAUUUCUCUAAAAGCCCUUGAGUUAAUUAAACGUGCACACAAGGUGUACUUAGAGUGCUACACAAGCAUUAUUAACAGCACGAUCGAGCAGAUGGAACGGUUGUAUCAGUGUACAUUAAUACUUGCUGACAGGCAUCUACUAGAGAAUACGGACAUUCUUGUUGAGGAAAGUGUGCAACACGAUGUGGUAUUGCUCGUCCCUGGCACUCCCUUAUUUGCUACUACACACACCGAUCUGCUCAUACGAUGCCUUGAAAAGAACGUCAAGCACCAGGUUGUUAACAACACGUCUAUUUACAACGUCAUAGGACAUGUGGGUCUUUACUCGUAUUCCUUCGGACGCGUUGUUUCGGUUCCAUUCUUUUCCACUGGAUUUAAACCGCUGAGCGUUUUUGAACGGAUUCUGAGCAACAUCAGGAACGAUCUGCACACAUUGUGCCUGUUGGACAUCAAAAUUGGCAAAAGUUAUUACGAAGAACAUGGAUCAGCGAGCAACCGAUUUAUGAGUGCUAAUACGGCAAUGAAGCAGCUUUUAGAGUACGAAGAGACCGUUAAAUCCAAUGUUAUAACUGAGCAGACCAAGAUAUUCGUUAUUUGCAGGUUUGGUUGCCGUGAUCAAUCCCUGCACUACGAUGAGAUACGCAACCUGCUUCCAGUUGAUUUUGGUAGGCCCCUGCACUCCCUGAUCAUCCCAGCAAGGAUGGAGACAAUCGAAGAGGAGCAUGUGAACGCAUUCUUCAAUAAAAAACGUAUGAUUUAG